AUGUUAAGUGAAAGCUUAUUCGAAAGCAAUAAAGCAAGUAGUGACGUGAGUUGGAAACCGAGCAAUCAUGAUGAAGAUAUUGAUGAGGAUGGUAGGAAAGAAGCCAAAAAGAAAAAGAAUUUGAAGGAGGCACAAAGUGUUGAAGCAAAGGGUUUCGUGCCCCUUGGUUUUAUGCAAAGCAAAAGUUGUGCACCAUUGGACAAACUAAGUUGCAAAAAAGUUUUGGUAAAGUACAAUAUCAGGAAGAGAAAGUUGCCUGAUAAAAAAGCACCAGCCAAACAUAAAGAUUACCAUAGACGUCGGCGUUGCCCUGUCAACCAGUGCCACUCUGUUUGUGUUUUUCGUUUACCAGCCCACCUGCAAAAGAUACACAAAAUAAAGACUUUUUCAAAGGAAUAUAUUGAUACCAUGGAGACUGUAUGUGUUGUUCUAGAUCAUGUGCUGGAAUGA